GCCAGGGUGGCUGCCAGUCAGAGGAGCUGGAAAUCAGGCACUGCUAGGAGAGCAGAUUAUGAAGCGGAGCUCAACCAGCGGCAGUCUCCUUUCAUUGUCUCAAUGGCUGCACACGCAUUCCUCCUCUGCUCCCUUGCCUUGCUGUCUGCUCUCAGCCGGCCUGGGCUCUCCUUCUCUGACGAAGAGUUUCAGCCAGGACUCACCUAUGAAGAAGUGCCUGAAAUCCUAGACAGAAGCAAAGAGGACCCCAAACAAGCAACAAGAGUCACAUCAAGUCACGAUGGUGAGUACGGCUUAGAAAGUGAAGAGGUUGUUUUGACGCCUGAAGAUGAAAACCCACUCAGGAGAAUACUGCAGCCUUUUAACUGGCAUCAGCCAGGGAUGUAUCACAGUAAGAGGAAGCUGCUCCAGUCUCUGAUCGGGCCUUAUGGCCCACUGAGUGUGUCUUACAAUGGGAAGACCUGCAUUCUGUUCAAGGCAAAGCGCCUGGCAAUCCGCUACAGGAACCAUACCUUUAUUGACCUAACUGAGAGGGUCUUCAACACCAACUCACCGGUGGACACUAAAGGCUCCAUCUGCACUAAGGAGAAAGCUACGCUAUCAUUAAGGUUUGGUGAUGUGGAGGACUUGCGAGGUCUAGUAAUCAGGCUUCAGAUGUCAAACACUUUUUAUGAGGCAGCUGGUCAAAACUGGUUCACACUAGACAGUGUUCACAUCCACUACAACUGGACCCAGGAGGCCACGUUCAACGCCAGUGAGGUCUACGCUCCGGCCACUUCAUCCUACCAUUGCCAGCACGUCAGCAGCCUUCACAAAUAUGACACCCUGCUAGUGCCCAGCUCCCACACUGACACAUCUGCUAACUGGCACAUCACUUUCACUGAUUUCCAGAUCCAGGCCUUCAAUGUGCAGUCAGACAAAUUUGCGUCAGCCAGUGACUGUGCCACUUUCCUAACACCAGCCAUCCUGAUGGGCUUGGUGACAUCUUUGAUCCUGCUCCUCGUCUUAGCCUAUGCCCUGCACAUGGUGGUACACCUGAAGCACAUUGACCGUUAUGAGGAGCACAAAGCCACCGUCUACUUUCCCCGUAGUCCAGAAGCUGAGUUGCCAGACAAAAACAGCCUGUGAAGGAAAAAGAAGUGCUGGAGAACGACAGGGGGAGAGAGGGAGAGAGAAAGCUGCUAAAAAACGAGGCCGAGGGGAGUGCAAGUGAAUACAAGAGUGAAAAAGUAUCCUCCACAGAAUAUUUGUUCAACAAAAUGACAACUUUGCCUGUUCAUAUGAAAAACCUUGUAUGUCUUAACUACUUUAAGUAAAUGCAGACCGUGGUUGGAUACUUAGUCUUCUUUUCUCAUUGACCUGCAUCUUGGCAUCCAGAUUUUGAAUAAGGCCUUUUGGAUGUUCAAGCUUCUCCCUGAGAGAUGGUUCAUGAGCCUGAUGUCAAAGGCCAGGGACAGUCCCGGGGCCCUGAAGGACAACAGCAUAUACAGGCCUUUACCCCAGUCAGCCAUUAAAACCACAAAAGGCUAGCAACUGUAGCUAAUACAGCUAACAUCAGAUGUUCCUGAUUAUAUAUAUGUAUUACAUGGCUCACAAGUGUCAUAUUACAAGCUACCAUCAAU